AUGAUCUGUGGUCCUCUGCAUCUCGGUUUCCGAGGCACCGUAAAUCUCGGGGCCUGGACGGCCAUCAUAAUGGCUGGGGAGACUAUCCCAAUCCCACCCCCAGACCAUCCUGUCCCCACCCCACAGACUAUCCCACCCCCCCCCCAGACUAUCCUGUCCCCACCCCACAGACUAUCCCACCCCCACCCCUCCAGGCUACUCUGUCCCCACCCCACAGAAAAUCCCAACCCCACCCCCAGACUAUCCUGUCCCCACCCCACAGACAAUCCCAACCCCAUCCCCCAGACUUUCCUGUCCUCACCCCCAGACUACCCAACCCCACCCCCAGACUAUCCUGUCCCCACCCCACAGACUAUCCCAACCCCACCCCCCGGACUAUCCUGUCCCCACCCCACAGACUAUCUUACCCCCACCCCACAGACUAUCCCACCCCACCCCCAGACUAUCCUGUCCACACCCCACAGACUAUCCCAACACCACCCCCAGACUAUCCUGUCCCCACCCCCAGACUAUCCUUUCCCCACCCCCAGACUAUCCCACCCCCACCCCCCAGACUAUCCCACCCCCACCCCCCAGACUAUCCUGUCCCCACCCCCAGACUAUCCCACCCCCACCCCCAGACUAUCCCACCCCCACCCCCCAGACUAUUCCAACCCCACCACCCCAGACUAUUCCACCCCUGGCCCAGUCCGCUAG